UCUGGCGUCAGUCCCCAGCCUCUGGGCAAAGCCCACUUGGUCCGUUGAGCAGGCAAAAGCUGCUGGAAGGAACAGAGUUCCCACCCCGCACAAGGUCAUGGCAGAGCCUGGAGAGCAACUGCCAGAGGAGGUGCUGGCGCUCAUCUUUCGCCACCUGCCCCUGCGGGACCGUGCCACCGCCGCCAGGGUCUGCAGAGCCUGGGCUGCUGCUGCUACCUGCAGCGUCGUGUGGCACCACACGAUCAUCAGUUGCGACUGUGAGCGAGAAGGUACGCUGCUACCAUAUCUGUCCGCCAGCCUGGACCACGUUCACAACCUACGGCUGGAAUUUGAGCCGUCCAGGGAGCCGAGCCGCAGGGCGGCCACGGAGUUGCUGACUGCACUGGCGGGUCGUACCCCGGGGCUUCGAAGCCUGCUCCUGGAGUGCCGCGGAGAAAAGCCCCUCUUCGACUCAGGCCGCGACAUCCUGGACGCCGUGCACGCCAUCUGCCGGGCCUCCUGCGCGCUGAGUCACCUCGACCUUCGGCGCUUGCCUUUCACACUGGACGAUGCACUGGUGCUGCAGGUGGCACGUGGCUGCCCCGAGCUCCGAAGCCUUUUCCUGGACAACUGUACCCUGGUGGGCAGCGUGAGGCCAGACUCAGUGAUAGAGCUACUAAAGGCCUGCCCGCGCCUUCGCGCCCUUGGCCUGCACCUAGCCAGCCUGUCAGGCACCGCCCUCCAGGUGUUAGCGGCGCGGGACCGCGCGCCUUUCGCGCUUCUGGCCCUACGGUGCGCGUGCCCGGAGGACGCACGCGCGCCCGCCUUGCCCGAGGAAGCCUGGGCUGCAGUGCGCCGCCGCCACCCAGGACUGGUCGUGGAGCUGGAGCUGGAGCCAGCGCUGCCUGACGAGAGCGUGACGCGCGUCCUGCAGCCUGCUGUGCCGGUGGCUGCGCUGCGUCUCAGUCUCUCUGGGGACACCGUAGGCCCGGUGCGCUUUGCAGCGCGCCACUACGCCUCAACCUUGCGCGCGUUCGAGGUGCGCGCCGCUGCCUCAGCAGAGCUGAACGCCGCGCUGGAGUUGCUGGCUGCGCGCUGUCCGGGCCUGCGCGAAGUACACUGCUUCUGCGUGGUACGACCCUCCGUGCUGCACGCCUUCCGCGCGCACUGUCCGCGCCUGCGCAGCUACACGCUCAAACUAACGCGGGAGCCACAUCCCUGGCUGCCCACGCCUGUGGCGUGAUGGUGUAACCGCCUGCUCACCAGAUGUGUGUGGCCACUGAGAUGCUGGAUGCAUCUGCCCAGGUGCACCUACUACUAGCCCGCUCCUUCAAGACUGUUGCCUCGGGACCAGCCCCUGCGUCCUGAGUCCACUGGGUGUAUCUUGGUGGGAUCAUCCUCCUUCAACCCCACUACUCUAUGGAAGCUCCGCUGGCUCCGCGGCCCUGGCAUGGGUGGGAGAGCGGGGAGGUGGGGAGAGAGGACACAGGCUCAGGAGGCGCCUUAGGGGUGAGUGUGAAAUAAACAAAUCCUGCAGCAACACUGUGUCCUAUGCAAGGCGGGGCCGGCUCUGAACGGGGGGAACACGGAACCCGCAGAGGCCAGAGGACUACCAGGGUAGACGUAGGAGAGAUCAGUUGUACUGAUACCGCCGCGGCUGCUGAGGUCAGGGGCGUGGCAUUCCGCAUCCCUGGAAAGACAAUGUCCCAGAGUUCUUCGGGAGGGUACCAGCUUCUCCUCUCCGCACCUGCU